GAGAAAAAGUAGAAAGCGACAACUGAUAGACCUACUUUCCACGAGAUCGACCGAUUUCUUAUUUUCAUCACCAUGAUAAUGCGAUUAAAACCAUUAUCAACAGUUGUGAUGCAUGCAUAAAAGCUGGCUUGUUAUUGCUUUUUUGGACGCGUUUUCUUGGCUAGAUGUAAUGAGCUUUGUUGGCGGUAUAUCACGCUCGUGCUGUUAAUAUCGAAGUCAUAAUUUAGAACCAAGUUUAAUCGUCCAGGCUUUUUCUGUUUUUGUGAGAUGAAAUCGGACAGAGAACGUGCAUUUCCAGCGACGAAAAAAAUCUUGUGUAACAUUUACUCAAGGCCCUUAGGGCUAAUUGAUGUUCAAAAGUAAAUCUUCAAUUUGCUUUUACAGAUAUUCCACGUAUAAUGAAACUGCAGCAACAUUAUAUUAAAAAUGAUAAUUUAAAUCCACUUUGGUUUUAUAUACGACGUGCUUGCAUAAGUGUCCUUUUUAAGGCAGAUCAUCAAGGAAACUGAUAAUCACGAGUGAUGCUGCAUGGAUACCAUGAAAGUCAACAUGCGAAUGGAUGCUACUGGAAAGCUGUAAAGAUGUCUCCCGCUUGCAGCAUCGUAUUGAAAUAUGUUUUCUUAAUUUGUUUUGUAUCAUGGUAUCUAAUUGCAGUCCAGGCAUCCGAUAGGACCGACUGCUCAUCACCAAACACGACAACGACAGAGAAAGAACUUGUUUCCAGGCUCUUGUCCAACUAUGGGGAUACGUCGGUUAGACCUGUCAAAAAUCACACCAAACCUGUCGAGGUAUUCUUCAGAAUGCUUCUUUAUGAACUCGUCAAACUGGACGAAACUAUGCAACUUAUUACCAUUCGUACCAAUAUGAGGCUGCAAUGGGUUGAUGAGUAUCUCCAAUGGGAUCCAGAGGAGAAUGGUGGUAUUUACAAUCUGACACUUAAAAUGCAUCAAGUAUGGAGACCUGAUGUCGUCUUAGAUGAAGACAUUGAUCGUAAUUUCAUCAGCCUACCAGAAGCUGAGACCUAUGUUAUAGUCCAAUACACGGGGGCAAUGGAUUGGCUAUUUCCAGCAAUUACUACCAGUGCUUGUAAGAUGAACAUACAAUAUUAUCCAUUUGAUGUCCAGAAGUGUGUCUUAACAUUUUAUCCCUGGACGCUCGAUGAAAGUAAGAUGCGCUUCUUCGCCAAGGAUGACGUAGAUGCCUCCCAAGCUCGCUAUGUCAAGAAUGGUAUCUGGUCUUUGGUCGACUUCACGGCAACCAAUCGAAGUAUCAAGUACCUUUGUUGUCCCUACCCCAAUGACCAUAUUGAGUACCAACUAACUUUCCAAAGGGAGUCCGGUUUCUUUCUUACCAAUGUAGUGGUACCUGCCGUCUUUCUGACAGCUCUUAUGCUGGUUGGAUUCUGGUUGCAUCCUGAUUCAGGAGAGAAGGUGACCUUCACCGUCACCAACCUCCUGGCGCUUACACUCUUUCAGCAGUUAGUGGCGGACAAGAUGCCGCCCAUUGGAGAACCAAGAUCUAUCCUAGUCACCUGUUUCUUCAUGCUGAUCAUCCUCAGUGGAUGUGCUGUGUUUUUAUCAGUCAUUGUUUUACGUCUCUACCACCAUGAUACCAACACCAAGCCUCCACGAUGGGUCAUUAAACUUUUUUUGCCUUGGUUCUCCAGAUCUGGAACUAGAAGCUACAUUAGGAAGCUGUACAUCUUACAAGAAAAUAAAGUUACCAGGAACGAAGAGGUCAUCACCAAUGGGAACACAGCUUCCACUAUUCUAGACACAGAAUUGAGGACAGAAGAAUUUCGGCGACCUGCAGUCGACUUGGAAAGUAAAGAUGUAAACCAGUUUAUUUGGAGACAGCUUGCUUUAGCCUUCGAUUCUUUUUGCGGAACCAUUCUUUGUUUAGCUAUGAUAGGAAAUGUCAUGUUUGCUCUUAUCAGUUUUCUAAAGUGAUUUUAAUAAAGCUUUGUUUACGAAGUCAAGAUAAAAAUCGUUCUGUUGUGAGAACUGAAUGAACAAUAAUUGAAAGUGAACUUGAAAUAUAAAAUGUUUACAUUGCGUCUCUUCUUUUGCUUCCGUCACACUGGAUCAUUUGUUUUUCCUGUACGUAUUGAAACUAAGUCACAGGGGCUUGUCAUACAAGCAUGUUUUUUCCGUGAAGCCCCUCCGUUCUAUUUUAUUUACUUAUAUAUAUAUAUUAUAUAUAUAUUUAAUUAUAUAUUUUUGAUUGUAUGUCACCACUGGCAAAGUACUUUUCGACAUUUCACUACGUAUUGUUACUUAGCAAUAUGUUUUGCAAUCUUUUCUGAAGUGCAAAUUUGAUAUUUUCAAAAUCAGGUAAUUGACGUUUUACAUUGGAGUGUCAAUCAUCUGUCUUACCCCUAUCAAUAAACAAUGAUGCUUAAUUUUUUGAACCUCUUAAACCAAAUGGGCUUAAUUUAUAUGUUUAAGAAAAAUAAAUCAUAUUUCCAGUUUUAAGGAAUAUACAUUGUCCAAACUUGUCCCAGAUAUAUUUACUGCAUGUACAUUUACAAACAGAGAUGAAUAACUUUUCACAAUUCCUUCAAAAGUAAAUUAUUUUUGCUGAUUUAAAUUGAUUAAAACAAAAAUAAUUAAUUUCUAUGUAAAAAAAUGCAUUAUUUGGAAUUGAAUCCAAGAUAAGUAGUGCAACUGAAUCCAAUGGAGCUCUCGGGGAGCUGGUGCAUGUUGAUAUACAUGAAUUGUGUCACACCUCUACGAUAUAGCGACCGUAUACCGACGUACGUAUGUUAAGCACUUUGCUCAUUAGAUAAUAUUGCUUGAUAUCAACCUUUUAACAGCACAAAAUAUCAAGAUAUCAAGUUCUUUUUACCAAGAAAUUAUUUUGUUAUGUUAAAAAAAAUCUUGACAUCAACUAAUGGAAUUUAAUAUGAAAACUGUUUGCCAUACAGUUCGCCGGCUAAAAUCUUUAGUUGUGACAUCUCCCUUGAAAAGGAGAGAUACUAUACAGACACGAUACAAACGUGGUACUAAACUUACCUCCAGUAAUUUCGUCUCACAAUUUUUACGCAUUGUUUGAUGAGUCUACUAAAAUACACGCAUUUUUGGUACAUGUACUUAAUUAAGGUAUCUUUCAAAAUUAUAAUUAUGAGAAGAAGUAAUUUUGAUCAAAACCAAGUGUUUAUAGCCUGUUAUGAUUAUAUCUUAUCUUAUGCUAGUAUAUAAUGGAUUAAUUUUUCUUAUAUGAACAUAAUAUAUCCUUCGAAAUAUGAUUUUGUCAAGUAAAAUUUGAUAUCAUGGCUGAGGACAUGUGAUAUAUACGACCAAACAGAUUCCUUGCACUUUUUUGUUAUUUUAUAAAAGGGGGUGAGCAAUCGCUUGUGUUUACAGGGCAUCACGGGGGGGGGGGGGGGAUUCGGAGGGUGGGGGUUUGGCUUUUUAGAAGGGCGACAUGUUCUUAAUAUCAGUGUUGUUAUAUUCAUAUCUACUCUAGAUUAUGUAGUAUAUAUCUGUGCCACCCUCACCACUGCCUGAUAUUAGAUUUGGUGGUAAGUUUUGUCAAUUUUUUCCCAAAUCGCACCCCCUUGAAAAAAAAGCUGGUGGUGGCUUUGCAGUGUGUAUGUCUAUCACGCAUAAGAACAUGAAAUUGUUACGUUGUAUAUCUUAAAAUAUUAUUACAGUUUCAUUUAGAUUAAAUAAGUAUUAUUUUAGUGAAAAACAGUACCUUUAAUGACCAGGAAUAUGGAUUAUAAUUCUUUCUAUUAGAAUAAAUAAUAUAUUUUGGUAUUGCAUUUUAGAAUGGGAAUAAGAUUAAGUUCAAUUUAAGGUUAUAUCUUUGAGUAACAUGGGGGCGAAGAGGAGUCAGCGUGAUUUAAAUCAAUAAAAAUCAAUUUUGGCGAAUGCAAGAUUCUGUUUAGAUAAGCAAGGCACACGCAUGGAGCUUGCGAUGUCACGAUUUAAAAAAAUGGUCGAUGAAAUAUAAUGAAAAUAAAGGUUUUUUUUAAUUUAACGAAUAAUAUUCAUGUCAUUCUAUACACAUAUCUCGCACUUACCCGGGACAUACAAUCUAAAAGCAGAGAGUAAAAAUUUACCCAAUAUUGGGUAGAAAGGGAACAUGCAUGUUUACCGGGUAGUUUUUCCCCCCCAAUAUUGGGCAAAAUGCAUGUUUGAAGGGUAAAUUUCAACGCAACAUUGCGUAAAAUUUACAAAAUAUUUGAAAUAUUUUUUACCUAAAGACACACUUGUUCCCAUUUUACCCGAUAUUUAGAGUGUAGUUAUUACAAUGCAGUUGAAGCCUCGAGUCUAAGUAAAUCAAUAUUCUAUCCAUUUAUGAAAAUAAUUAUUUAUUAUAGUUUACCCAUAAUGCAUUUGAAAUGCUUUUGGAACUAUUAUCAUCAUCAUUAUUCAUUCACCCAAAUCUUUAAUCAGUACUACAUUGUUGGCGACUUGAUUUUGAUAUAAUGAUAUGUAUGUCACGCCAAUACCUGUGUGUGUCUAAAUGAUUGCAAUUCUUUUAAGAUUUAAUUAAUUCUAUUACAAUUAUCAUAAUAGCUUUGUAACUGAUUAAUUUAUGGAACAUAAAAUGCUAACAUAAUCUAACACAACAUGGGUCUACAUAAAGUGAAAUAUCACAUAAAUGACUGCAUGACUGCCAGUAUAGGUGGGCACCAUUUGGACUAACUUUAAGCUAGUCAGGAGACCAAUUUUAGUUUUCAGUGCAUAAUGCAUUUGAAAUGCUUUUGGAACCAUUAUCAUCAUCAUUAUUCAUUCACCCAAAUCUUUAAUCAGUAUACUUAUAUAUACAUCGUUGGCGACUUGAUUUUGAUAUAAUGAUGUGUAUGUCACGUUAAUACCUGUGUAUGUCUAAAUGAUUGUAAUUCUUUUAAAAUUUGUUCAAUUUUAUUACAAUUAUCAUAAAUAUAGCUUUGUUACUGAUUAAAGUAUGGAACAUAAAAUACCAACAUAACUUAACACAAAAUGGGACUACAUAAAGUGAAAUAUGAAAUCAAUGACUACAUGAGACCAGCAGCAGACCCAAGAUUUUAUAAAGGGAAUGGCUCAUGAGGGGCGAAGAAAGAAAAUCAUUUUCCUCCCAGAAAAUCUGACUAGAGAGAAAAUAAAAAAGAAGAGAGAAAAGAAGAUUAAAAACUCUAAAAUGGGUAAACAUUUCCUGCUAAAAAAAAAGGGGGAAAAAAAACGUUUCCAGUGUUGGGGAUAUUGCCUUCUUUUGUAUAGCACAUAGCACGAGUAUAUAAUAUAAUUAUUGCCUUCUCUUGUAUAGUAUAGUACACAAAUUAGUGACUUUCAAUGUAAAUCAUGAGCAAUCACGAAUGAGCUAAACGGAAUGUUGACAGCAUCAUUCAAGUCUACUUCGUUCAUAUGCAAUAAUCUAAUCCUUGCUUUUUAUGUGAAAAAAUUACAAUAAAGUUGAAUAAAUGCAUUGAAAUCCAGU